CGCUGGACCGGCGGGGGGAGGAGGGGAAUCUCCCGCCAUUUUUCAAUAAUUUCCUCCGGUGCCGCUGAGGAGGAGUCUUGACUGCCGGCCGCGGGGAUCCGUAACGAAGGUUGACCGGGGGGGUGGGGGGCGGCCGGGAGACGCCACGGUGCACGCAGGAGCUCUGUGCCCUCUAUGGCGCUGGCGGGGCCGCGGCAGCAGUAAGGGACCGGAGUUCGCGCCGCCCUCUCACCCCUCCCCUCCCCCACCACCCCGGGAGCUAGGCGCUUGCUCCCGGCCGCGGGGCCCAGUGCUGAGCGGCGGGCCGGCGAGGCGCCGCGCGUCCCCGCCUGCGGCGCCGCUGCCGCGAUGGCGCCGCUCCUGGGCCGCAAGCCCUUCCCGCUGGUGAAGCCGCUUCCCGGAGAGGAGCCGCUGUUCACCAUCCCGCACACGCAGGAGGCCUUCCGCACCCGGGAAGAGUAUGAAGCCCGCUUGGAAAGGUACAGUGAGCGCAUUUGGACGUGUAAGAGCACUGGAAGCAGUCAGCUAACACACAAGGAGGCCUGGGAGGAAGAGCAGGAAGUUGCUGAACUUUUGAAGGAGGAGUUCCCUAACUGGUAUGAGAAACUUGUUCUGGAAAUGGUUCAUCACAACACAGCCUCCUUGGAGAAGUUGGUAGACACUGCUUGGCUGGAAAUCAUGACCAAAUACGCUGUGGGAGAAGAGUGUGACUUCGAGAUUGGGAAGGAGAAAAUGCUCAAGGUGAAGAUCCUGAAGAUUCACCCUUUAGAGAAAGUGGAUGAAGAGGCCACUGAGAAAAAGUCUGAUGGUGCCUGUGAUUCUCCCUCAAGUGACAAAGAAAAUUCUAGUCAAAUUGCUCAGGACCAUCAGAAGAAGGAGGCACUAAUUAAAGAGGAUGAAGGAAGGCGAGAGAGUAUUAAUGACAGAGCACGUAGGUCUCCACGAAAACUUCCUACUUCAUUAAAAAAAGGAGAAAGGAAAUGGGCUCCUCCAAAAUUUCUGCCUCACAAAUAUGAUGUGAAACUGCAAAAUGAAGAUAAGAUCAUCAGCAAUGUGCCAGCAGACAGCUUGAUCCGUACAGAGCGCCCACCAAACAAGGAGAUACUUCGAUACUUUAUCCGGCAUAAUGCCUUGCGGGCUGGCACUGGUGAGAAUGCACCUUGGGUGGUAGAGGAUGAAUUGGUGAAGAAGUACUCCCUGCCUAGCAAGUUCAGUGACUUUCUACUUGAUCCAUAUAAGUACAUGACCCUCAAUCCUUCUACUAAGAGGAAGAAUACUGGCUCCCCAGACAGGAAGGCCUCAAAGAAAUCUAAGACGGACGGUUCUCUGAGCUCACCCCUGAAUCCUAAGUUAUGGUGUCACGUCCACUUGAAGAAAUCACUGAACGGCUCACCACUCAAAGUGAAGAACUCAAAGAAUUCCAGAUCUCCUGAGGAACAUCUGCAAGAAGUGAUGAAGAUAAUGUCGCCCAACAAGCUCCAUGCUAGCUUUCACAUUCCUAAAAAAGGCCCGCCCGCCAAGAAGACAGGGAAGCAUGGGGACAAACCUUUGAAAGCCAAGGGCAGAAACAAAGGCAUCCUGAAUGGGCAGAAAACUACAGGCGCUUCCAAAUCUCCCAAAAAGGGUUUGAAGACUCCUAAAACCAAAAUGAAGCAGAUGACUUUGUUGGAUAUGGCCAAAGGCACCCAGAAGAUGACGCGGACCCCACGGAAUUCCGGGAGUGCACCCAGGUCCUCCACUAAGCCUCAUAAACACCUGCCUCCUGCUGCGCUGCAUCUGAUUGCCUAUUACAAAGAAAACAAAGAUAGGGAGGACAAGAAGAGCGCCUUGUCCUGCGUCAUCUCCAAAACGGCUCGGCUGCUCUCCAGCGAAGAUCGAGCUCGCCUCCCAGAGGAAUUGAGAACUAUCGUUCAAAAGCGCUAUGAGCUCUUGGAGCACAGGAAGAGGUGGGCCUCCAUGUCCGAAGAGCAGCGCAAAGAGUAUUUGAAGAAGAAGCGGCAGGAGCUGAAAGAAAAGCUGAAGGAGAAAGCCAAAGAACGGAGACAAAAGGAAUUGCUUGAGAAGUUAGAAAAACAGAAGCGAUAUGAGGACCAAGAGUUGAGUGGCAAAAACCUUCCGGCCUUUCGACUGGUAGACACACCUGAAGGGCUGCCCAACACCCUCUUUGGGGACGUGGCUCUAGUGGUGGAGUUCUUGAGCUGUUACUCUGGGCUUCUCCUCCCGGAUGCUCAGUAUCCCAUCACUGCCGUGUCCCUCAUGGAAGCCUUGAGCGCGGAUAAGGGUGGCUUUUUAUACCUGAAUCGAGUGCUCGUCAUCCUACUGCAGACCUUACUGCAGGACGAGAUUGCAGAAGACUAUGGCGAGCUGGGGAUGAGGCUGUCAGAAAUCCCUCUCACUCUGCACUCUGCCUCCGAGCUUGUGCGGCUCUGCUUGCGCAGGUCCGAUGCCCAGGAGGACAGUGAGGGCUCAGACACAGAUGACAACAAAGAGUCAGCACCAUUUGAGGACAAUGAGGUACAGGAUGAGUUCCUAGAGAAGCUGGAAACCUCUGAGUUUUUUGAGCUAACAUCAGAGGAGAAACUCCGGAUCUUGACAGCUCUGUGCCACCGGAUCCUCAUGACGUACUCAGUGCAAGACCACAUGGAGACCAGACAGCAGAUGUCUGCAGAGCUGUGGAAGGAGCGGCUUGCCGUGCUGAAGGAGGAGAACGAUAAGAAGAGAGCAGAGAAGCAGAGGCGGAAAGAGAUGGAAGCCAGAAAUAAAGAGAACGGAAAGGAGGAGAAUGGCUCGGGCAAAACUGACAGGAAAAAGGAAAUUGUGAAGUGUGAGCCACCAGUAGAUAUGGAGGCUGAAGAUAUCGUUAGUGCCGUGAAGAGCAGAAGGCUACUUGCCAUGCAGGCUAAGAGGGAGAGGGAAAUCCAGGAGAGAGAGAUGAAAGUGAAACUGGAGCGCGAGGCUGAGGAAGAGCGCAUCCGGAAACACAAGGCAGCUGCCGAGAAGGCUUUCCAGGAGGGCAUCGCCAAGGCCAAGCUGGUCAUGCGCAGGACACCCAUUGGGACAGACCGGAAUCACAACAGAUACUGGGUCUUCUCAGAUGAGGUUCCAGGCUUGUUCAUUGAAAAGGGCUGGAUCCAUGACAGCAUUGACUACCGGUUCAAUCAUCACCGCAGAGACCACGCAGACUCUCCUGACGACGAUUACUGUCCCCGAAGUAAGAAAGCCAAUUUAGGCAAGAAUGCAAGCCUCAGCGUGCACCAUGGGUCAGCAGUAGAAAUCGCUGUGGAGACCAGUACACCCAAGCAAGGACAGAACCUAUGGUUUUUAUGUGAUAGUCAGAAAGAGCUGGAUGAGUUACUAAACUGCCUUCAUCCCCAGGGAAUAAGGGAAAGUCAGCUUAAAGAGAGACUGGAGAAGAGGUACCAUGACAUCAUUCACUCCAUUCAUCUGGCUCGGAAGCCAAAUUUGGGCCUGAAAUCCUGUGAUGGCAACCAGGAGCUCUUAAACUUUCUCCGGAGCGACCUCAUCGAAGUCGCAACCAGGUUACAGAAAGGAGGACUUGGUUAUGUGGAAGAAACAUCAGAAUUUGAAGCUCGGGUUGUUUCCCUAGAGAAACUGAAGGAUUUUGGUGAGUGUGUCAUUGCCCUUCAGGCCAGUGUCAUAAAGAAAUUUCUCCAAGGCUUCAUGGCUCCCAAGCAAAAGAGAAGAAAAUUCCAAAGUGACGAUUCAGUAAAAGCGGAGGAAGUGGAUGAAGAGAGAAGGAUGGCAGAGGAAGCAAAGGUUGCAUCUGCCCUGGAGAAAUGGAAGAGUGCAAUCCGCGAAGCUCAGACUUUCUCUCGGAUGCAUGUACUGCUUGGGAUGCUCGAUGCCUGCAUCAAGUGGGACAUGUCAGCGGAAAAUGCCAGGUGCAAAGUGUGCCGGAAAAAAGGUGAGGAUGACAAACUGAUCUUGUGUGAUGAGUGUAAUAAAGCCUUCCACCUGUUUUGUCUGAGGCCGGCCCUCUAUGAAGUACCAGAUGGCGAGUGGCAGUGCCCAGCCUGCCAGCCUGCUACUGCCAGGCGCAAUUCCCGUGGCAGGAAUUACACUGAAGAGUCUACCUCGGAGGACAGUGAAGAUGAUGAGAGCGACUCAGAGGAAGAAGAGGAGGAGGGGGAGGAGGAGGAGGAGGACUAUGAGGUGGCCGGUUUGCGGCUGAGACCUCGAAAGACCAUCCGGGGCAAGCAGAGCGUCAUCCCCACCGCAUCGAGGCCAGGCCGUCCACCGGGUAAGAAGUCCCAUCCUACCAGGAGGUCGCAGCCGAAGCCACCACCUGUGGAUGAUGCUGAGGUUGAUGAGCUGGUGCUUCAGACCAAACGCAGCUCCCGGAGGCAGAGCCUGGAGCUGCAGAAGUGUGAGGAAAUCCUCCAGAAGCUUGUGAAGUACCGCUUCAGCUGGCCCUUCAGGGAGCCUGUGACCAGAGAGGAGGCUGAGGACUACUAUGACGUGAUCACCCAGCCCAUGGACUUUCAGACGAUGCAGAACAAAUGUUCCUGUGGGAACUACCGCUCCGUGCAAGAGUUCCUUACCGACAUGAAGCAAGUGUUCACCAACGCCGAGCUCUACAACUGUCGAGGCAGCCACGUGCUCAGCUGCACGGUGAAGACGGAACAGUGUCUGCUGGCUCUGCUGCAUAAACACCUUCCUGGCCACCCGUACGUCCGCAGGAAACGCAAGAAGUUUCCUGAGCGGCUUGCUGAAAAUGAAGGGGACAGUGAUCCAGAACCACUGGGACAGUCCAGGGGACGGAGACAGAAGAAGUAGAGAGGCAGGGCCCUGGUGACGGUAUCAGUGAGUGCCAUACAGAAUUCUGUAUUCACCAGCAUCAUGGGACACUUGUGGUCUUUUGAGUUGAUCUUGGCAGAGUAAAGGGACAUUUCCUGGAGCCAUUCCUGAAUACCCCUCUCCUUUGUGACAGUCCUCUCCCACUCCCACCCACCUCACUGCCUCAAAAAAAAAAAAAAAAAAAAAAA